AUGGCAUAUCCGCUAGCACCGCCCAACAACGGGGCCGCCGUCCUCCCCACGGACGACGACGGCGGGCAGCUGCGGCCGCCUACCAAGCUACUCGGCUGCCUACGCACCGUCGGGCGGCCAACCAGCAAGACGAACCCGCUCCUCGUCGCGGCCUUCUACAGCGCCGCCGACAUCUCCCGCGUCGACGUCAAGCUCGUGGACGUGGCGUCUGGCGCGACGGUCGCCCGGCUGGACCGCCAGGGCAACGGCCACUUCGGCGCGACCGGCGGCCUCCUCUGCCUCGUCGGCACCGGCGGCACGGCGGCCGUCAGCGUGCUCGACCCGGCCACCGGCGACGUCACCAGCAUCCCGGCGUACGCGGACGGCAACAAGACCUCGUCGGCGUACGUGUUCGGCCACGUCCCCGCGACGGGGGAACACAAGGUCCUCCGGGUCUACACCGCCGGCCACGGCGAGACCAAGCAGUCAUGCGAGAUCCUCACCCUGGGCGGCGGCGGCGGCGGCAAGCAGCGCUGGAGGACGGCGCCGAGCCCUCCGGUGCGCGUCGGCACGGCGCCCUCCCGGCACUGGGCGGUCACCCGAGGAGGAGUCGCCCACUUCUUGAUCCCUCAGAGGGCCGAGUACGACGUCAUCGCCUCGUUCGACAUGGCGACGGAGGAGUGGCGGCCGGCGCUCCUCCAGUGCCCGCUCUCCUCCGACAAGCGCAACUGCUGCAGCGACAGCCUGAGCCUGGUGGAGCUCAACGGAUGCCUGGUGUUUGUGCACCAUGACUACCUGUCCUUCUCCUUGGACAUGUGGGUGCUCACGGACCUGGACAGGGGGACAUGGCUGAGGGUGGAGUCUCUUCCUCUAGGGAAGGUUCUCCGUGGCGGAGAAACCAUGGCGAAGCCACUGAUGGUGCUGGAUGAUGGACGCAUUGCGUUCUGGGUGCGAGGACCGAACAGCGUGGUGCGAGUGUAUAAUCCACGGACUGGCGGUUGUGAGGAGGUGGUGAAUUUCGGAAAGUUGUGUAGCGUUGUUGGGUUGUACAGGGGAAGCCUCUUGGGGGUCAAGUAG